UAGCGGAAGUGUGUGUUACAUAUUUCAACAUGUAUGAAAUUAAAGAUAAAGUGAUUUUGGUAACUGGAGGAGCUGCUGGAAUUGGCGCUGGCGUGGUUAAGUCCUUUGCAGAAGAACGUGCAAAGCACGUGGCCAUUAUAGAUGUCGACGUAACAAACGGCACGGCAUUAGAAAAAGAAUUAAACAACAAAUACGGCUCUGACAAGACCAAGUUUUACAAGUGUGAUGUUACUUCACAAGAUCUUCAUGAUAUCUACGAUGAGAUAGUAAAAAGUUACGGUUAUAUAGACGUCGUCAUCAAUAAUGCUGGAAUUAUGAAUGACAGUCCUAGACUUUACGAAAAAGAAAUAGCCAUUAAUCUUACUGCGCUGGUAACAAGUUCUUUAAAGGCAUUCAAUCUAAUGCGCAAAGAUUACGGAGGUAAAGGAGGAACAAUUGUAAAUAUAUCUUCAAUUGUUGCCUUGAUUCCAGGAAGAGUACUGCCUAUAUAUUCAGCUACUAAAAGUGCUGUCUUACAAUUCAGCUAUAGUCUCGGUGACGAAAUGCACUACAAACGAUCGCAAGUUCGUGUGAUCACAAUGUGCUUUGGCUGUACGCAUACUUCACUGUUUUCACCAGAAAAACUUGAGGCUUUUGACAAAGAAACAACUGAUUAUACAAUGCGGGCCGUGAGUGGUGGUGGAUCGCUUCCAUUUCAAAAGCCAGAAUCCGCAGUUCGAGGACUCGUAGAGGCCUUCAAGAAGGGAAAGCCCGGCAGCACUUGGUUGGUCUCAGCUGACAGACAGGCGGAAGAUAUUACAGCCAAUAUCAAAAAGUCCUUUGAAAUCCUCAGUCAGGGAGUGUACACACCGAAUACUAACUCGUAAAGCACUA